AGAGUGAUUCAGCUGCAGAGAAACGGAGCUCAGCUUCAUCCCUGCGCAGUUUCUGGUCCUGUCCCAGAAACCAGCUGCUGGAUCCGGAUCAACGCCGCAAAGGAGAUACCGGACCAGGCCGAACCGAAGCCCAGCAAGCUGAUCCGAACCGAGCCGAGCUGAGCCAGGCCAGAAUAAAGACAGAGACAGACAGGCGGCUUCAUCUCCUUCUGCAGACUGAGCGGAGUCUUCCUCACCGAGUCAGCAGAGAUGAGAACAUCCUGUUGGUUCCCCUUGAUUAAACUGAUCCAGGAUCAGUGAUGUGGGCUCAGUUUCUGCAGCGAUCCAACAUGGCUGCCUCAGCGCUGACAGUGUGUGUGUUUAUCCUGCUGCAGGCUGAGAUCAGAGGUUUGCAGUCGGAGGACCAAGAGGAGAGAAUCUGUGCGUUUGCCAGCAGCCUGAAGGGGGCGGAGCCUGUCUCCACCAAUGAGCUACGAGGAGAGGUUCAGGAGAACGGCACGAUACGCUGCAGUCGCGGCUCCCGCUGCUAUGGAUUGUGGGAAAGACUCGCGGACGGAGAGAUGCAGCUGCUGAACCAAGGUUGUUGGAUGUAUGUGGGCCACCACCAGGAGUGUUAUGGUGACCGCUGCAUCCUGGUGACUAUGGCUCCAUCUCAGAUGCAGAAAGCCAGCUACCAUUUCUGCUGCUGCAGCCACGACCUCUGCAACAGUAAUUAUACUGAAGCUCCGCCCACCGCCGACACGCCCACCCUGAGGUCGAUAAGGAGGGACGACCUCAACCUCAGUCCCACAGAUCGUCAGAUGACGGCGAAGGAGACAGCUCUCGUUGCCCUGGCAACUGUGGCUAUGGCAGCCCUCCUCAUCAUGGCGCUGUUCCUGGGAUACCGGAUGAUGAAAAGGAAGCACAAGCAUGGUCUGUCUGCUGUGAAUGCAAUGGAAGCAGCAAACUCUGACUCAGCUGUGGACCUUGAUAACUUGAAACUGCUGGAGCUGAUUGGUCGAGGUCGUUAUGGAGCGGUGUUUCGUGGCUCUCUGAAUGAACGAUGCAUUGCUGUUAAAGUUUUCAGCUCUGCUAACCACCCAAACUUCUCCAACGAGCGCUCCAUCUACCGACUGCCGCUGCUGCAGCAGCAUGACAACAUCGCCCGCUACCUGGCCGCCGACGAGAAGACGACAGCCGAUGGGCGACCAGAGUUUCUGAUCCUCAUGGAGUACUACCCACAUGGCUGUCUGUCUCAGUACCUGUCUGUGCAUACUGUGGACUGGCUGACCUGCUGCAGGAUGGCCCACGGCAUCACCAGAGGACUCGCCUUCCUGCACACUGAACUCUACAGAGGAGACCAGUACAAGCCCCCCGUGGCCCACAGAGACCUGACCAGCAGGAACGUUUUGGUCCGAUCCGAUCUGUCCUGUGUCCUCGCCGACUUUGGCUUGUCAAUGAAGCUGACUGGAACCAGAACCUGUCGGCCCGGAGAAGAUGAAACCAUGGCCAUAUCUGAGGUGGGGACAGUUCGGUACAUGUCCCCGGAGGUUCUGGGAGGAGCGCUGAACCUCAGAGACUGUGAAUCGGCUCUGAAGCAGGUGGACGUGUACGCUCUGGGUCUGCUGUACUGGGAGAGCUUCAGGAGGUGCUGCGACCUGUUCCCAGGGGAAGCCGUUCCAGAGUACCAGCUGGCGUUCCAGGUUGAAGUCGGGAAUCAUCCGAGCUUCGAGGACAUGCAGAUCCUGGUGGUCCGAGAGAAACACAGACCCAGAUUCCCAGAAGCCUGGAAGGAGAACAGCCUGGCUCUGCGGGCUCUGAAGGAGACCAUGGAGGACUGCUGGGACCAGGAUGCUGAGGCUCGACUUACAGCUCAGUGUGCUGAGGAACGCCUGGCUGACCUCAUCCUCCUGAGCCCUCAUACAGCACUGCACAACCACAGGAAUCUGACUCACAGCCGCUGGACUCCUCAAGUUGGCUCCGCCUCCUGCUACAUCGAGGAUCUCCAAGUGGGCGUGGUUAAAAAUCUCCAGGGAGACGGGCACUCGGCGUCGGUUGUCAGGACGGCCGUGAGUGGUGCAGAAGUUGGAGAGAAGAACAAGAACUGCAUCAACCAGCAGCGGCAACAGAUUAAAGCUCGUUCGGCCUCCUCAGACUGCAGCGUGAUCACCACCAGCAGCCUGAGGACAGACUCUGUCCUUUGCAGCGUCUCUGAGCUAAACGGGGGCGCUGCACCCAGUAUUCCUGUCUGUCUACAGCUCACAGAGGAAGACCUAGAGGCCUCCAAACUGGACCCUAAACAGGUACAGAAAAACCUGAGAGAAACUUCUCAGGAAAACCUGAUGGAGCAUUCUCAGAAGCAGUUUGGAUCAGCACCACAAACCUCCAACCUGCAUCACAGUGUGGAGGUGACCAAUCAGGAAGAAGCAGGACCUUCCUUCUCCAUCCAGCCCCUCCCCAAACAGCAGAACGUUCGCCAGAGGCCCACCAGCCUCCACCUGCUCCCCAAACCCAGCGAGUCCCGACUGAAGCUGGGAAGGCUCAGGUCCACUCACCAACAGGUGGAGACAGGUGUGGCUAAGAUGAACCAAAUUAUCCCAUCUGUGGAGGCACACCUGGUCACCAUGGUUACCAACAUGAGGAGCAGCGCCACGAACGGGACUGAGGUCCUCUGUGCCUCCAGCAGCUACAGCUCCGGCGUUCCCGUCCUGGUGACCAAUAAGACGAGAGGAGGAGGGAGAACCAACCCUGCAGGGCCGCAGGAGGAUGAGGGGGAUGAAGGACGAAGAGGAGGAGGAGGAGACGGAGACAGCCGACUGAACCUGAAUCUGAACUUCAGUCCUGAUGAACAUGAACCUCUGCUGAAGAGAGAGCAGCUUCCUGCUGAGAGCGACCCUCCUCCUCCUCCUCAUCAUGGUUCAUCGAGCAGAGCGGGAGGACGAGGAUCCAACUCCAACAACAACAACAACCGCAUCCCGUUGGGCUUAGAGCUCCAUGUUCCUGCAGAGGUGUGUGUUCCUAAACCAGAAACCAGGAACAGUGAACCUCCUCCUGCAGGCUCUGUUAUUCUUUCUGGAUUAGAAAUGGUGUCAGUCCAUCCUGAGGACAGAAGUGAAGCCGCAGAUACUGAAAUAUGUCAGAAAGAAAUUAAAACUCCAACAGACGGAGGCCUACAGGAACAGAACUUGGCUUCAGAAGCAUCAAUAGCUCCUCUGAAUCCAUCAUUGGUAGAAAUUACAGCUACAGGAGCUCCACCUCUGGACAUCUCCAACCUGGAAGCUAAAGAUUUGGAUCCUGCUCCUGCAGAAAGUCUGGCGUCAGAACCUGUAGAGCUGCAGAAUCAACCUUCAGAAGCUCAGACAGCAGGUCUGUUGCUCAGGCAGACUAAAACCAGGAGACCGGAGCGUCCAUGUUCCCUAGACCUGUCCUCCUCCUGCAUCUCCUCAGAUGAUGUUUCUGUGAUGGACCAGGGCAGUCUGAGCGCCACAGGUGAGAAAAUCAAGCGCCGCGUGAAAACGCCGUACACCCUGAAGAAGUGGCGUCCAGCCUCCUGGGUGGUCUCCUCAGAUAAGGAUCUGGACCUGGAGUUUGAGUUCAGCAGCGGUCAGGUCCAGGUGUCGUCUGGUCCACUCAGAGCAGGAGGUGCAGGUGUGCCUAGAAUCAACCAGUCCAAGUCCAGCAUGGCCGUGUUUCUGGUCGGAGGAGGAACCACGGCAACCACAACCUCAGAGCCGGAUGGGAUGACCCAGUUCUGAGAAGCCUGCUGCUCCCAGUGGAGAUCUUUCUUCUUUUUUUUUUUUUUUAAGAAUUUAACUUUGGUUGUUGGAAACCGCAGUUAGCUACUCUGAUUACAAAAAAAAAAAAAACAUCUGAGGUGGAACAAACGUGAUGGAACUGAUGCUGUACAUUUAGAGGGCAUUAUUUGUGAAACUCUUCAGAUGGAAAACAGGAACUAGAAUAAUCUACUCUGUGUGCUCAGCAGGGGGCGCUGUGCACUACAUCCUACAACAAAUAGGAAAAAAGACAACCAGAUGCAAAAGAUACAGAGCGAAAUCUGCAGGAUUUUCUCUUGUAAUUUUUAGGCAUUUUUAUUCUCUGGAAGCAGAAACAAGUUUUUUAAAUGUCUCCUUGGUUAUCCUAUUUAACAAAUAGUAUCUGAAAGCAUACUAGAAUCUUUUUGAAAGGUUACUUUAUAAGAAAAAAAAAAUCUAAUCCAAAACCCUUGAUGCUGAUAUGAGACAAAAUGGUAGAGCCCCUUUUCGAUUAACCUUCCAGCUGGUUGUGACCUGCCUGAGUUAAAGCAUUUUCCUUCUGAGGUCUGUCACCAUGGCAACACAUCGGACACACAGCUGGUCAGACAUAUUUCAUUAUAAUGAUAAUGAAAUAUGUCAUCAUAAAGAUGAUUUUAAACAGUUGGAUAAUACAGAGAUUCACUUUCUCUGAUGUCCAACAGCAGCGUAAAAAAAAUAUUAGUCACAUUCAUACUUUAAAUGUUUGGUUGCCACUUUGAUAAGUGUCUUAAUUUGCACAUUUUUCCUCAUCUUCAGUGUCUUACCAGGCCCAAAUCAAUAAGCACAAUAAUAAAUCCCUCAAGAUUUCUGUACGAAAAGAGGAACUGGUUAAUUUGGGUGUGAUGUCAUUUCCUGAUCCAAAUUUUGACUUCUGAUGUAAAUCAGAUCCUUGAUCACCAGUUUAUCUUCCUGGUGUUAGUGAAGAUGUUCUGGUGUGCUCAAAUACAUGCACAUAAUUUACACUUGUAUUUGAGUUUUCUACACAGAAUAUAAACGUAAAAUAAUUUGUGAUAUUACACCGAAAGGAGCCUGCAGACAAGUUGACACUCUGGACAGAUUUUCAGACAUAAAACUGGAUCAGAUUUAAACAAAUUAACCAACAAACACAUAAAUACCCAUUAGAUUAUCAUAUAGAUGAUCAUCAGAAAUUAUCAAAACCUCCCUGUUGAUGAAGUUAGUGGGAAGAGAGAGGCUUUCAACCAAUAAUGUUUUAUUUUUUUAAGCACUUUAAGCACAGAGUUAGAGUAAUAUAUUGUGUAUGUGGUUCAGUUUUAGCACAAAGAGCAACUUAUUUAAGAAAUUCUCACUGAAACAGUAAAUGUUGAUCUGCAGCUACUUUCUUAACCUGUUUACAGUCUGGAUCAGAUGGUCAACAGAUUCUGGAGAAUCUUUUUUAUUUACACUUUUAAAAACUGGCUAGAGAGAACCAUAGAGAAGCAGGACUGAAGUCUGAAGACAGAGGAAGAAAACAACAGACAGGUUCAGGUUACGGCUCAGAUGACAGCGGGACUGAAUGAAAAUUAAAACAUCAGAGUUGUCGGAAGACAGAAGAACAAAUGCAGUCUUUUUGGUGAACUGGACCUUUAAACAGCUGCUAUCUUGCCCCGUCAACAUUGUCUUCUCCUUGAUGAUCAAUUCAAAAACCUUUAGAGUUUAGGCCUAAUGUGAUUUUAAAUAGUUUUAGUCUGGCAGGUUAAAAUUGUGAAUCCUUCAGAUUCUAGCAGAUCUCAUUUUCUAUCAUGUUUAAAAAAACAAACCGGUUUCCAACAGGAAGUUUUUAAUGUCCAUUUUUCUAAAGCAGGAGUUAGAUCUUUUUUAAAAUAUAUAUGUAAAAACAGCAGAACAUGAAACAGAUUUCAGUCCAGUUUCAUGUUUUCUUUGAGCUUUUUAUAACAGAAGCUCUGCAGGUGCAGGAGACUUUUUCUGCAGACUGUGGCUGUUUUAUAUAGAAAUGCCUGCUGCGAUAUUUACAUUUACAUUUAUUUACAUUUCAUCUAUAUCAACUUGUUUAAAUGUGCACUUGCAGUAAAUUAGCAGCAUUUAGCAUUUAAUAAUGGUGUCCAACUGUUAUUUAAGAUCUGAAGAUGCCUUCUUAGUUCUGUUUGGUUAUUUUUGUAUUUUAUACACUUUGUACUGUUUUUAGAUGCUGGUGUGAGUGAAUGUGUGUGUAUUCUGAGAAACUGUUCCUGUUUUACUUCAUUAUGUAUGCAUCGGUGGGUCUGCUAGUAGACUGAGCUGAACUUCAGAGCCAGAUUGGUUCUUGGAGAACUGAAGCUGUUCUUUCAUCCAGGAGGAACAGGACUUGAGGAAAGAAGACUUUUUAUGGGAGUGAUGGUUAAGGAGCUCUGGUUUUACUGGUUUCAGCUCCAGGAUGUGUCCACCAGUUCAGCUGCUGCAGGCGUCAGUCAUCAUGUCCCUCCCACUAAAAGACUCUGCAGCUAAUUUUGUAACCUCCCUCUGUACAGUUCUUUCUGCUGAUGGAUGACUGCACAUUAUAAACUGACGUUUCAUUUGCUGGAUCUUGGAAAGAAAGUUGCAUCUUCAUCACAGUAAAUUAGAAUCUCACUGGGAAGUUUGCUUAUUUCUAUAAAAAAAGUGAAACCCAUAUAUUUGUUUCAUACACAGUUAUGUGUGUAUAAAGUGUUUGUUUCUGUUCAUUUUGAUGAUUAUGACUUACAGCUAAUGAAAAGCCAAAAUUCUGUUAAACUAAAAAUAGCAUAAAGGAUUUUAUACACAGUAAUGUUGACUUACUGAAAACUACAUAAGUCUAUUAGAGAUACAGUAAAUUAUUCAAAUUCUUGGUUUGGGCUCUUUUUGCAUUAAGUGCUGCCUCAGUGGGGUGUGGCAUGGAGACAACGAGUCUGUGGUUCUGCUGAAGUGUUAAUGCCUCUCAAAGGAGGUCGCCAGCUUAUCUGCAUAGUUGGCUCUGUCUCUUGUCUUCCUCUGAAAACUGGGACCUUGAUUUCCAAAUUCAAUGUAAAAUUUUCUUUCAUCUAAAAAAAGGACUGAGCCAAAGUUCAGUCCUUUUCUCCUGACGUUGGUUCAAGAGUGGUUUAACACAAAGUUUUCACUCAUGUCUUGGAAACAUCCGUGUGUCAGGACCAUGAAAAUCACAUCUUACGUCUUUAAGAGCUUUGUUUUAUAUCUUUUCAAUGCUGUGGUUAUCAUUGUUGGCUUUCCACCUCUUAGAUUUCUUUCUUCCACUACACUUUGCAUUACCGUUCCUGGAUACAGCACUCUGAACAGACUGUUUCUUAAUCAGUUGUGCUUUUUGGCUAACUCUUGUUCAGUGACUGUCUGCUGGUCAGUUCUGAUAGAAUAAUGCAAAUAUACUUUUCUGAUGCACCAAAUUUUAGGUUUUCAUUAGCUGUAAUAAUAAUCAUAGUGUUAAAAAUGAACAAAAAUAAAUGCUUGAAAUAUAUCCAUAUGUGUAUAGAUGAAUGUAUAGUCUCACUUUUUUACAUUUGUGAAAUCAAGUAACUUUUCAAUGAUAUUCUACAAUAUUGAGAUGUAACUGUAACUGUCACACUGUGCUGCUAGUUAAUUCUGUUAGAGAAAAAAAAUUAAAUAUAUAGCAGCCAAGCAGUGUGUACAUUAGGUUUUAUUAUUACAAAAUGUUUAAAAAAAAGUAAAAAUGAGGUUUUCCAGAAGUUUCUUUAUUAGCUGUUAUCUACUGAACUGAAAUCACAGUUUGCUGCUGAAUUUCCCUUUAAAGUCUUUACUGUAGCUCUCAUAUUUGUAUUUAAUAAUCCUUAUCUGCAUCUGUAGAAAUUCAUUCAGAGUUAAUAUAUUCACCAAUGUAGCCUCGUGCAUGAUGCAUCAGCUCAGUAAAAUGUUUUCUGUUGUUAACGCAGCAGGUUUAAUGGGGGCUGAUUCUGGUUCAGUUCUGCUCCUGGACUGCAUCACCUGCUGGUUCUUCAUCAAAACAAACCCUUUCAGUUCCAGCAUCUUUAAAUAGCCCUCUUCUCGAUGCUUGCUGCCAUCUGAUUGGUCAGCUAGGUAAAACACCGAACAGAAGGGGCCCCUUUAAGCCUGCCUGUGAUCAUGUCCUGCUUGCUGUAUGACUGAAUUGAUUAAGGACUGUGACCAUCAGUGUAAUGAUGUAGAUAUAAUCUGAUAUGUACCUACUGUGUGUCCUCUGAUGGUUCAGGGAUGUUUGAGCUGUUGUUGAACUUGUUGUGCGUUUCUGUGUUUUUCUGUCCGACAUGUUUUCUUCAGUGUAAAUACUCACUGUAAGCUUCCAUAGGGGACCAAGUAGCUCAGCUGUAUACGGUUAGUGUUGUAUUCUGAGCUGCUCACAGUUAUAACAUGUUGUAUCUCCUUCACUGCAUGCUGCCCAGCCCUGCACUCCAUUCUUUACCAAGGUUCAUCCCAGCAUCUCAUAUCUUCAUGUAGAGACUGAAAUAAAAAUAUUGGAGCUUUGAGUUCAUCAUGAAAUU